AGAAGCUGGAUAUCAAUUUUUCUUGCAGCUCAAAAACUUCAUAACUCAGGGUGGUGCACUCUUGUCUCAUCUGUUUCAACAUUAAGACUCCAGGUUUUCAAGGAUUAUAAUGGAGGAUCCAACUGAUCGCAGAUCAACUGAAGACAUUAAAGAAGCUCUAGAAAGUAAUAAUCAAGCAUUAGCUGCUGAAAAGAUCAGGGAGUAUUUGGACAAGGAGAAUAAUACUCCACUAAAUAUUGCUGUCACAGGAGAGACAGGCACUGGUAAAUCUUCCUUUGUUAAUGCCUUCAGAGGCAUAGAUGAUGGGGAUGAAGGAGCUGCCCCUAUUGGUUGUGUAGAAACCACCUCAGAGGUUACAUCAUACCCCCAUCCAAACUUUCCCAGUGUUACACUGUGGGAUCUUCCUGGUGUUGGCACCACCAAGUUUCCAGCUAAGAAGUACCUGAAGCUUGUUGGAUUUGAAAGAUUUGACUUCUUCAUCAUCAUCUCAGACACUCGCUUCAGAGAAAAUGAUGUGAAGCUUGCUCAAGAGAUUCAGAAGAUGAAGAAAGAGUUCUACUUUGUUCGCUCAAAGAUCGACAAUGACUUACGUAAUGAAGAACGAAGUCAGAGGUCAAAGUUCAACGCAGAAAGGACUCUGAAACAAAUCAGGGAAUACUGCAUUCAAGGUAAGUGACUUAUGUUGUUAUAUAAUGAUAGUUAGAUUAAUGUCAGUCAUCAAAAACAAGUCACAGAAUAACAAAUUGUCAAAAACCAUGUGUCUUUACAACAGUACUUAUGUUUGUCUGACUCCAGCUCACUUUAUUCUCUUUUCUUUGGACAGUCCAGGUUUCUCUUGACUGAUCGCAGUCCCUGUUUUUUAACAGAUGCUUACUGAGACAAAUUGACCUGCAAAGAACAUUUGGACUGACAGGAUGCUUUAAUCCCUUGCAAUCAUCAUUUAGACUGAUGCAACAGCACUGAUAAUUUUGUAAUAAAUUUUGAUUGUUAUCUUGAAAUUUUGCAAAGAGAAGCUUCAUCACAAUUUUUGUAUCAUGAAGUCUAAAACUUGGAGAAACAUCUGGAACUCCAUGUGUUAGGUGUUAGUACAUUUAUCUUCCUGAUUUCUUUUUUUUUUUUGAACAGAUCAGUUUGAUAGAGGACAAAUGAGAUUUUGUAAAUACAAUGUAUUGUAUAUAAAGUCUUUAGUGAACAUUCAUUGUAAAGAGUGAGAGAAUUGUCUCUUAAAUCUUCUUUCAGUUUAUCUUCAGUCAAGUAUGUAUCAUGUAUCAGAGGCAUUUUUACAAACAGUUUAUGAUAUAUUUAAAAAUCACAAAGUGAAAUGAUAAAACACUUCAGCUAAUGUAUCUGUAAUAACUAACAAAAUAUAGGCAAACAUGAGAACUUCAAACAAGAUCACAGACUGUUAUUAACACCAGUCUGCUGCCGCUCUUGACCAGUAAAGCUGUCAUAUUGGUGAUUGUUUAUAAAUUGAGGUUUUACAUCAGUGAUAAUGAAGAGAAAAUGUAAUUUGGAGGAGGCCAGGUCAGAUUGCAGGGGGAAGAAAAAUA